AGGGAAGAAAGGGGGCUUCAGCAACUUCCUGCACAAACUGGUGUCCGACCACCAAAUCUUUCAGCACGUCUGCCAAGUUUGCUGGAGGAGGAGACUCGGGUGAAGCCUUCUGAUUUCCAAUACCUGAAGGUCAUCGGCAAAGGAAGCUUUGGGAAGGUGGUGUUAGCGAGACACAGACAGAGUGGAAGUAUGUAUGCUGUCAAGGUUCUACAGAAACAGGUCAUACUGAGGAAGAAAGAGCAGAGACAUGUGAUGGUAGAGAGGAGUGUGUUGCUGAAGGGACUGCAGCAUCCAUUCCUGGUGGGGCUCCACUUCUCCUUCCAGACCUCUCACACUCUCUUCUUCGUACUGGACUACAUCAAUGGAGGAGAGUUGUUCUACCAUCUCCAGAGGGAGGGAGCCUUCCCAGAGCCCAGAGCAACAUUCUACUCUGCAGAGAUGGCCUCAGCCCUGGGCUACCUCCACUCCCUCAACAUAGCCUACAGAGACCUGAAGCCAGAGAACAUCCUAUUGGACAGUGGAGGUCAUGUGGUUCUGACGGACUUCGGGCUGUGUAAAGAGGGCGUGUCUGUGGGUGGGACUAUGCAAACGUACUGUGGAACCCCUGAGUAUCUGGCGCCAGAGGUGCUGUUAGGUCACGCCUACAGUGGAGCUGUGGACUGGUGGGGGCUGGGGAGUGUACUUUAUGAGAUACUUCAUGGACUGCCCCCAUUCUACAGUCGCAGUAAGGCCGAGAUGUUUGAGAACAUCCUUCACGCCCCCCUGCAGCUCCAUAGAAGUGUGUCCCAGUCUGCCCGGUCUCUGCUGCAGGGCCUGCUGGAGAGAGACUGUACCAAACGCCUUAGGGGGGAACAGGACCUUGCUGAGCUGCAGGGCCACACCUUCUUCCUGUCCAUCAACUGGGAUGACCAGCUAGCCAGGAAAGUCCCUCCCCCAUUCAUUCCCAACCUGUCUGGUCCGUGUGAUGUGCGGUAUUUUGACCCGGAGUUCACACUUCUUCCAGUCCCCACCUCCCUCGGUUUGAGUGACAUGUUGGGAGACGUGGCCAAUGGAGCCUUCCCAGGGUUCUCCUAUAUGCCUCCGGCUGAGGUUGGAGUUACGGAGCCCUGAUAUCAUUCUGAUAUUAUUUGUGUUUUGAAUAAAUUAAAAUGCAUUUUCCUA